AGAGGCAUCAGUGUCAACCCGCGGUGGACUGAACGAGACAAGAUGCUGCGUCACGUCGCUCUGGUGUGCCUCGUGCUGGCCGUCUCCGCCAAACAGGUGGAGAAGCGCCAGAUCAACCAGAACUACGGCGCUCCGGCCGCUGCUGCCGCCGCCGCUCCCUCCCAGGGCUACGGUGGCCCCGGCGGUGCCGCCCCGGCUCUCGAUAGCUCCUUCAACGGUGUGGGCGGCGGCUUCGGCGGCGCUGUCGGUGGUGGAUUUGGCGGCGGCGCUGCUGCCGGCGGCAGCGGUGCCAAGUGCCGCGACGAGACCAAGUACAUCCUGACCUGGACCAAGGCCGUGAUCCCGGUGACCGUGUACGACACCCGCACUGAGUUCCUGCCGACCACGCUCUACAAGUACGUCACUGAGACCGAGUACUACCCUCAGACGGUUGUCCAGCUGGAGACCACCACCCGCGCCGGCGGCUCCGAGUACCAGGAGGAGACCAAGAUCGCCUACCGCACCAACACGGUGGUCAUCCCGCAGGUAGAGACCAUCACCUCCACCCUGGUCUUCACCGAGGACGAGCACGAGACGGUGACCGAGACGGACACCUUCACCCAGACCCAGGCGCAGCAGUACCCGGUCGAGGUGACGGUCACCAGCACUCAACAGAUCCCGCAAGUGCAGACCUCUGUGACCACCGAGUAUCAGACCCAGUUCCAGACCCAGUACGUCACCAGCUCGUACGAGGUGGUGCAGACGCAGACCCAGAACGAGCCGCAGGUGCAGUACAUCACCAACACCAUCACCAGCCAGAACGUGCAGACCGUCGAGGUGACCCGCACCCAGCAGAACGUGCAGACGGUCACCAAGUGCGCGCAGCAGCAGCAGCCGCAGCCGCAGCGUCCCAGCUACCCGCAGCAGGCGCGCCAGCCGCAGCGCCAGUACUAGACGCUCCCCAGAGGCAGCGUGACGCAGGCAUCCGUCAACACUCAGUCCACCAUAGUCUAAGUCAUUAGGUUAAGGCCGCGAAUUCCCAUGCUGUGAUAUUGCUGUAUGUGUAUUGACCGGAGGUGGCGCGGGAAGUCGUCCGCUGGUCGGACCAGUCCCCGUGACCCUCUGUUGUCUCACCUUGUUCACGCGUUCGUUUGUAUGUGUGUGUGGGCGUGUGCGUGUUGUCGCUCACACUCUCCCUCUCGGUUCGGUGACGUCAUCACGUACCAGCCGGUCGGAGAAAAGGUAAAGAACAGCUGAUUGUCCGCAUCAUAUACUCGUACGUGUAUUUAUGUAUUAAUUAUUCUUGUACAAAUGUUUUGUAAUAAAGUAACGUAUCUA